UGAUUAUUAGUUUCUUAUUUAAGAGUUCUCAUUAAGUUUUGUAAUCAAAUAUUACAUAUUUCGUUGAUUUUGUCUAUAUACGUACGUAGAUACCACUGAAAAAAAACUCUGCUUCGUAUAACCAAUUAGAGUAUAGUAGUCACAAGUCACAACCCUAUAAAAAGAAAACAGUUGUUGAUCAUCUUCCCGCCCCGAGUAUCUCUCUCUCUCUCUCUCUCUCUCUCUCUCUGUUCUCUCUCGAUCUUGAUUGCAUUGCGAAAAAUAGAUGGAGACGAUGAAGAAGAAAGGGAGAGGGAAAGCGACUAUAACAUCACAGAAAGAAGAGGAGGGAACAGUGAGGAAAGGGCCAUGGACUAUGGAAGAAGACUUCAUCCUCUUUAACUACAUUCUUAAUCAUGGUGAAGGUCUUUGGAACUCUGUCGCCAAAGCCUCUGGUCUAAAACGUACUGGAAAAAGCUGUCGGCUCCGGUGGCUGAACUAUCUCCGACCAGAUGUGCGGCGAGGGAACAUAACCGCAGAAGAACAACUUGUGAUCAUUCAGCUUCAUGCUAAGCUUGGAAACAGGUGGUCGAAGAUUGCGAAGCAUCUCCCGGGAAGAACGGACAACGAGAUAAAGAACUUUUGGAGGACAAAGAUUCAGAGACACAUGAAAGUGAAAGUGUCGUCCGAGAAUAUGAUGAAUCAUCAUUGUUCGGGAAACUCACAGAGCUCGGGGAUGACGACGACGAACCAAGACAGCUCCGGCAAAGCCAUCGACAUGGCUGAGAGCUUCUCUCCGGCGACGACAACGUUUAAUGUGGUAGAACAGUCAAACGAGAAUUACUGGAACGUUGAAGAUCUGUGGCCCGUCCACUUGCUCAAUGGUGACCACCAUGUCAUUUAAGAUAGUCCUAUCUUUAUAUAUUUGUAUCCCCGAGCUGCUUUUUUUGGGUUAUGGUACGUUCUUUGGUGUUGUUUAUAUUGCUGAAAUGUUGUUGCAACUAAUUUACAUAUAAAAAAGGCGGUGUGGGAGCAGAGUUACCUCUGUUCGUUAAAAGAACA